AUGUACCUCGAGUACCACUACAGCCAUGCCCAUGAUCAACUUCCUACACGCUCGAGAGACUUGGAGACGCUGGAAACCGCUUUGAUGUUGGUGUGGACACCGCUCGCAUGCGGAAUAUGCUGGGGGAUCGCCGCUUCGCUCGCCUUCGAGUGCAUCCCGCUGCUAGUCAGGCGGGCGCGCGGGGCGCAGGAUACGAAGAACCGCAGAUGGUUGUGGUUCUACGUCGCGUACGUCGCGGUCAUGCUCUGUCUCGGGACGCUCUGCGUCAUCUGCUAUGCCAUUCCGCCUCAGCUCUAUCUCGCCGGAUUGGCUAAUGGUGCCCAGCCAUGGGCCCUCGAGUCCGCUUACCCUCAUUCAGCCAGUGCAAUUCUCAUAAAUGUGUCCAACUGGAUCGCUACGAGUAUGGCCGACGCACUCAUGGUAUGGCGGUGCUGUGUGCUGCAUCAAUGUCAUGCAAGCUUCAAAUGCAUUAAGUCGGGUUUAGGCUCGCUAUUCUUGAUAACCACCGCGUCCGGGUUCCUAUGCAUGAUAGCGUAUUCUCUGCCCAAUAACUACACAGUCCUCACUACAGCCCCAUGGCUGGCAGCUGUAUCUCGAUGGUACUUCUUCAUGGCAACCAUCCUAAACCUUGCUGCCACCAGCCUCAUUGUGAUUCGCCUGCGCUCAGAACGCACCUCCAUAAGUACAAUGAUGGGAUCCACGUUCAAUGUUGAUGCACGCUUGAACUAUACAGGCAUCAGCGCCAUGAUGAUUGAGUCGUGCACGCUAAUAACGAUUUGCUCAAUAUCAUACUUGAUACUCCCUUUCAUCGACUCACCUUUCCGCACUGUUGUGAUAGCGAUGGUCGACGAGGUUCAGAUUAUAGCCCCUCUACUCGUCAUCUUGCGCAUUGCGAGAGGUGUUGCGUGGACAAAUGAGAGUAGGGACUCACUCCCUGACCUGGAGAUUGCUU